AAUAUUAGAAUCCUCCGUCCUCAUCCCUGGUAUCUUCUCCAGGUUCGGUUUCCUCUCGAUCUCUUACAUUCACCUCACCAAUAAACGCCACCGGAGGAAUAAUUUCAAAGUUGAAUACCAAUCCUAUUAUCAACUUUCACCAAUCGUGUAACAACGCUAUGUAUGGUGGUCAAGGCAAGCUAGGCCGCGGCGGCGGCGGUAGAGGGGGCGCCGGAAAGCGACACAGCCUUCCUUCCAGUUUCCCUCCGCCACCUAUCAACCGUCAAUCCCUAGGUUCUUCUGGCCGUUUACCCAUCGGAGGAGCCUCUGCUUCCCGCAACCGAGGUGUUUCCGCCGCUGGUGCCAAUGCAACAACUUGCCCUUCUUCAACAACCGAGGAGACAUUCAGUUUAGUAACUGGAAAUGCUCUAAAUUUCGCCAUGAUUAUCAGAAUGGUGCCAGACCUAGUCGAAGAGAUCAAACGCGUUGAAGACCAAGGGGGAACGGCAAGGAUUAAAUUUGAUUCAAAUGCCAAGAAUCCUUCUGAAAAUGUUAUUGAAGUGGGUGGUAAGGUCUACAGAUUUACAUGGUCACAUGAAACAGGAGACCUCUGUGACAUAUAUGAAGAGCGCCAGAGUGGGGAAGAUGGAAAUGGUUUGCUGAUUGAAUCAGGAUGUGCCUGGCGCAAGGUGGAUUUACAACGUACACUGGAUGAAUCAGCAAAAAACCAUGUUAAAAUGCGCUCAGCGGAAGCUGAUCGCAAGCACAGUUCUCGGAAAGCAAUUAUUUUAGACCAUGCAAAUCCAUCCACGAGGGAUCAAAUGAAAGCGGUUGCUGCUGCAGAAACUAAUCCAUGGCGAAAAGGUUUCAAUCAAAAGAAGGAGCCUGACUUCAAAAAGAGAAAAGUGGAGUUUCCAGCAGCCGGAGGCCCUCCUAAAGCUGCUAAUAAGAUAAUGUUAUCAUCAACCACACCUGCAAAAAGCAGGCCUUCAGUUUCUCCUCUACCAUCUCCACCUGAGCACUCUAUUAUACCAGGAUCUCCAUUUGGACUUGGGAAUCUUGCCAAGCAUUCAACUACAGGUCAAGUUACAACUGAAGAGACUGCUCUCAGCUUAGAGAAAGAACUGCCCAACAGGGCCACAAGUGCGGUAAUACUGGAAAAAUCAGGACCUAAAAGACAUUUGUCAGCUAAACCAACAGAUUUGCAGAGUAUGCUGAUUUCCAUCCUUAGUGAUAAUCCCAAGGGAAUGAGUCUAAAAGCUUUGGAGAAAGCUGUUGGAGAAUCAAUGCCCAACUAUGCGAGAAAGAUUGAGCCCAUAAUCAGAAAAAUUGCAAAUUUUGAAGCUCCAGGUAAAUAUAUCUUGAAACCAGAGGUGGAAUUGGGAAGUGGCAAGAAACCUGCGUCAGGAAUUGGAAGCUCCCCUGAUGAUGCCUCUCACCAGACACCACCCUCUGAGGAUAACUUUGAUUGCAUACCUGCUGCUAAAAUAGAUUCUACCCAGAAAACCAGCUUGCAAGAGACGGAGAAGCAGGUUAAGCUGAAUGCAGAUGAAGUAAUCCCCACACUUGGUCUAGAUGACUACUCUUUUGACAUUUUUGGUGACAAAAAGAACUCCGAUAAUAGUGUAAAGGAAGCGGGUAGCUCUAGUGACAGUGGAAGUGACAGCGACAGUGACAGCAAAAGUGAGACUAGCGAUACUGGAAGUGAAAGUGGCAGCCAUAGCAAAGGUAGAAGUAAAAGUAAAAGUCCAGUGGGAAGUGGAAGUAGCAGUGAUAGUGAAAGUGAUGACAGUAAAGAAGGAUCAGAUGAGGAUGUGGAUAUAAUGACUAGUGAAGAUGACCAAGAGACAAAGCAAAAAUUACAGGCUUCUAGUUCACCUAUUAUAUGGGAGGAUUCAGGUACUGUAGCUGCAGAAAAUGGGAUUGCUGCUGAUAUACAAGAUGGUGGUUCUGAUCUAGUGGAUAUCGAGAAUGAUACUCCUGACAAUGAUAAUAUGGAAAUGACUUUUCCUGCUAACUCUGAUGUUAACAAAGAAUCUGAAAAAUAUAUGGAACUUCAUGAGAGCCCAAUGAGUUUGGUGAAGCAGCCUAGUCCGGGACAAAUUGCCAAGGAUAGCAUAAAACACAGAGAGGCUGACCGCUAUACGAAAUUACCAAAAGGCAAACAUAAAAGGUCUUCUGAGACAAAUAACACUUUUGAGAAACCCGAAAAUGCUAAAAGGCCAAAAACUGGAGGCCCCGAGGCUAGGAAUUCCCUAUCCAUGGAGAGUCCUCAAAAUCAAUCUAUCAAUAAUAGCCAGUCGGCUCAACUUCUAAGAACCUAUGGAGAUGGUCCCAGUGAUUCCGACUUUCAAAAGAACCAUAAUGAACAGAUCCCUGGCCGAAAACCUAUUGCAUCCAAUUCGCGGUUGAAAGGUUAUGAUACAGUUGAAAGACCAAAUAUGCACGGUGAUGGAUUUGGGAAUAAUAGCAUGGAUUAUACUGAAAGGAAUACUAACGCGCAUGGAGUUCUCCCCUUUAAGAAAAAUAUAUUUCUAAGAGGACAGGAUGAAAUGCAUCAUAUUAAUGAGAAAAAGAUGUUGAGAAAUCCCAUUGAAGAUAAAUGCCAAAUGCCACCGGACACUCAUUACCAGAAAUAUGGUGAACAGGUUGGCAAAGUCAAGGAAUCUGCACAAGUCUCAAAACCAUUAACGAGUUUUUCUCUGAAAGACAAUGAAAGGACUGAUACAGACAGGUAUCCUUUCGCGAUACAGGGAAGAGGGAGAACACUACAAAGGGAGCUCUCUGAACUCGAGUUGGGUGAAUUUCGUGAACCAUUGUUGGAGGUUACACCUGGGGUGGAAAAACAAAUAGAACAAAAUAAUCCCCUAAAACAGUCAGUGGACAGGUCAAUUACUGAUCCAAACAAAGGGAAACCCGAUGGAAGAAGAUUUUUAGACCAAGGAAAGAAGUCAAUUCCAAUUCUUAACAACCAAGAGAGCCUGGUCAAGAAAAAGAUGCCUGGGAAUCACACCGACUCACCAAAACUUGGAAAAUCUCAACAACCAGAUAUGAUUGUUAAGCCAAGAAACAAUGAGGUUGGAGGAAGCCAUGACUUCAGUGUGGGAGGUGGAGACAUUAACAUCAAAUUAGCACCUAAAAAUGCAGAGCUAUCUCAUUCGUUGAAGAAUGGGAGAAAACUAAAGUCUAACUUGUUGACAGACGUAAAUGGUCAACAGAAGGAUACUUCUUUAACAGAGAGUACAGAGGGGGCUGGUCUAAAGAGAAGGGAAUCUUCUUCAGACGAGAAUAGUUGUUCUUAUUCUAAAUAUGAGAAGGCAGCUCCAGAACUCAAGGGACCAAUUAAAGAUUUCUCUCAGUACCAAGAAUAUGUGCAAGAGUACCAAGCCAAGUACGAUAGCUACUGCUCUUUGAACAAGACUUUAGAGGGCUACAGGAAUGAAUUUCACAAGCUUGGCAGGGAGCUUGAAAGUGCCAAAGGAAAAGAUAUGGAGCGUUAUUAUAUUAUUUUGGGGAAACUGAAUGAAUCCUACCGUCAGUGUGGCCCGAGACAUAAGCGGCUGAAGAAGAUAUUCAUCGUCUUACAUGAAGAGUUAAAGAAUCUGAAGCAGAUGAUUAAAGAAUAUGCCACAUCCUUCGCAAACGAAUCCAUUUCCAAAUCCUAAAAUCUUUUACAAUGGUUACAAACCUGCAUUAAAGUAGUUUUGGAGUAUAGAAUAUUUUUGUAAAUGUAUAGAAAGCGAAGAUGUUUCUUGAAGCUUCAGGAUGAUGGUCUUAACAAGAACCAGAGUUCUCGUGGGUGGGUUAUUUUACAUGCUGAGGAGGUUUGUCAGGAAAUUUGCUAUGAAAUUAUGUAUAAUCAAGGAAGUUUACAAAAUUAGGUAGGGUUUGAUGAUGGAAGAUUUUUCAUUCUGGUGGAGACAAGAAUUUAAGAUAGAAUGACCCAAAUUUUUUUGUAGGAGAAUAAUAAGAAUGUUGGUCUGUUUCAAUUUUUUAUUUGUGUUUUCAUUCUAGUUUCAUCAUCUGAUUUAUUGUUAUUAUUUUUUAUCACAUUGAGGGGAUUCUCAAAGUCUUUCUUGGAGAAGAUGUAUCUAUGUAAAAACAUCACUGAGUACUCAAGAUUUGUACAUGAUUGCCUAUUCUGUUUGAAAUUAAUGUCUUGUUUGGAUGAUAAAUUCAUGA